AUGGCGUCCCCCCCGCCGCCCCCGCCGCAGAAGACCGGUCUCGCCCUUCCCCUGCUCUACCGCGUCUUCUUCCUCUUCCUCGAGCCCAUCUCGGCCUUCGUCGGCGCCUACUUUUGCCAGGUGCGCCAGGCGCGCUACCUCGCGCUGCUCGACGGGCCCUCGGCCGCCGCCGCGACCUACGCCACCGGCGCGCCGCCCCUCGGCACCUCGGUCGCCCUCUCCCAGCUCGCCAACAUGUACCUCUUCUUCGCCCUCAACGAGGCCGUUGUCCUGCGCAGCACCAGCGACCUGCGUGUCUGGAAGGCCGUUCUGGCCGUGAUGCUGCUGGCGGACCUGGGCCACCUGUACUCGAUGAGCGCGCUGGGGCCGCGCAUCUACUACGACGUCCUCGGCUGGAACGCGGGCGACUGGGGCAAUGUGCCCUGGGUGUAUGGUGGCGCUACGCUGCGCGUCUGCUUCCUGGCUGGUGUCGGCAUGGGUAUGAAAGCACCGGCGAAGAAGAGCCAAUGA